AUGAAUUCAUCAAGCUGUGAGCCUGGUGAAAUGCCUGCUCCUGAGUCUAUACAUGAAUUCACAGCAGCUAGUGAAGGAACUCCAAGCCUCCAGCCUCAAAUGCUUACUCUUAACACAAGUGACAUGAUUACAAUAAGUGUAGCAGAUUUGUUGAUCUUUUGUCAACAAACAACAUGUCAGAACACUUCAAAUAUCAACAAUGAUACACCUGCAGAUGAUUUCAAAUCUCAGAUCUAUGAAUAUCAAAAGGAUGUUCAAAGAGUUAUGGAUACUAAAGUGGUAACUACAUUCAAUAACACUAAUUAUCAAACCUGGUAUAUGGAAAUCCUUACAGAUGCUGAAGUCAUUGAUGAAACUGACAUUCUAAUCAAGAAUCAACACAUUUGCUCAGAUGAUAUUAGCUAA